GUGGCUGUGGGCCGUUGCCAAACGUCAGCCACGCAGAGCCCCUGGGAGACGCUAAACAUCAGGGAAGUUUCAGUGUUGGCUCCAGAGUGACGUACAGGUGCCUGCCGGGUUACGUGAAGCGCCCCUUGCUCUCGGACACCGUGCAGUGCCUUGCAAACUCCAGGUGGUCCAACCUCCAGGAGUUUUGUGGGCGUAGUUGUCCGGGCCCGCUACGUCUGCGUUUCGCCAGAAUAUUACCGGAAGAUGAAAUCCAGAAUUUUUAUGCUGUUGGUACCACGGGAAAUCUUGUGGUAUUCCGCCAAAUCCAGAACAUGGCAGAGUUACUGCAAACGAUCAUCUGUUCGGUGGAAAAGCAGAUAUUGUUUGUAACCGUGGCUAUUUUUUGUCCUCCGCCUCCCGCUAUUCCCGAUGGGAAGCACAGUGGCAACGGUAUGGAGGGGUUCCCGUACAACUCGGUCGUGAUGUACACGUGUGACCCUGGGCUCCAGCUGGUGGGAAAUGAAACUCUUCGUUGUACAACGGAGAACAGCGUCGAUGGCAUCUGGAGUGGGCCUCCUCCCGAGUGCAGAGUUAGCACCACAGCAGUGAUAAACCAAACCGUGGAAGAGAAGAUAGCAGAGAACCCUUACUGGCUAG